AUGAAGGCGCCCCGCGGAUCGUGUCUGAAUUGGCUUAGCGCGGCGGCGCUGGCGGUGACCUUCAUGCCCGUCGAUGGGACGAGAUCAGUGAGUCAUGCACAUCCCCGAUACCCUCAUGAUCUUGCGCUCUUGACUGAUGCAGCCAAGACGUGAUCCUUUCACUUCAGCACCUGGCGUCUCGAGCGGACGCGCCAGAAUUGCUUGCGGAAGUAGCUAGGCCCGCCCAAGUGACCAUCAGCAAGAACAUACUUUUCCUUCUGAACAGCAUUCCGCCACGUUAUCGAGUGCACGUCGCGAAUAUCCUUCGGGACAACGUGGAGCACAGCAUCGAAACUCGGUACCCUAAUGUAGCGAGCUUCCAUAUCAAAGGAGUGACGCCAGUGGCCUCGCAUUACAGUGCAAACAAUGAGCAUCACGUUGCUGGAGAAGCACAAACGAGCACCGGCCGCCACCUUCAUGGGGAGGACUCCGACUACAUCGUGCGCAUUAACCCAGCCGAGCUGCCGCCAGGUUGGCCCUUCAGACUGAGACGAUUGGACAGGCGUUCAGCUCCUAAUGUGAAGUUUCAGAUGCAAAGCGCUCUACUAAUUCCCCGCAACCCCGUAGGUCCGCUGGGCAUAACAGGAAGAACGCCUCGUCGUCGUCCCACCGAGGUGGAGCAGCAAGUCCUGGACGAGGCAGCCCGAGCGAAUCGCCUGCGUCCGGCUUCGAGAGCAGCGAUCGAGUACGACGACGGGAUGUCGAGCUACCUUAGGACCUUCAACGCCCAAGAGCGUGCCUCGAUACAUCAAGCGCUCGGUGAGGCUAUCGAUAUAAGACUCCAUCAUGACACGCACGUCUCUCGCUACAUAGUCUCUGCUGUCACUCCACAUCGGUCCGGAACCGGGUACUGGGUUCAGGGAAGUGGAUUCGAUCCUAGCGGUGCUGCGCUCCACGACUUGAACCUGAUUCAUGUGCGCCCUGAUCUCAGGCAUGUACCGCACUGGCCUUUCUGA